ACAUCCGCCUGCGUGUACGAGCCGAGUACUGCCAGCACGAGACGGCGCUUCAGGGCAACGUCUUCUCCAACAAACAGGACCCCUUGGAACGUCAGUUUGAACGUUUCAAUCAAGCCAACACCAUCUUAAAAUCCCGGGAUUUGGGUUCCAUCAUCUGUGACAUCAAGUUCUCCGAGCUCACCUACCUCGACGCCUUCUGGCGCGAUUACAUCAACGGCUCUUUGCUGGAGGCUCUCAAGGGUGUUUUCAUCACGGACUCGCUCAAACAGGCCGUGGGCCACGAGGCCAUCAAACUGCUGGUCAAUGUGGACGAGGAGGAUUACGAGGUCGGGCGCCAGAAACUGCUGAGGAACUUGAUGCUGCAAACGGCGCCGUGA